CAUCUCCUGGGUGGACCAACGGCGACGUUUCUGCCCAGUGACGCAGAGACGUCAGCAGUCGGUGGGCGGAAAAGCGGUAGUGUGUUUCUGUAAGUGCAGAUAAAGGCGAACCGGGUGUUUUUAUCAAGUCCUUUCAUACAGGGAUAACGUACGACUUUAGUUCCGAGCCUGGUGAAAUGGCGGUUCCUGCGGGUCAGACGGACGUCCAGAUGGACCGCGGCGCCCUGAGCGGCCAGACGGUUUCCUCCGAAAACAACAUAGACAUCGACGAGAAAGAGUUGGAAAACAUCACAAAGAAACACCGAGAAGAAGACACGGCGACGCUGCCUCUGCACUCGCCUUGGACGUUUUGGCUGGACAGGUCACUGCCCGGCACCACAGCAGCAGAAUGUGAGUCCAACUUGAAGAAGAUCUACACAGUGCAAACUGUUCAGAUGUUCUGGAGUGUAUACAACAACAUCCCUCCAGUCACAGCCCUGCCUUUGAGAUGUAGCUAUCACUUAAUGCGUGGAGAGCGGAGGCCGCUGUGGGAAGAAGAGAGUAAUGCAAAGGGAGGCGUAUGGAAGAUGAAAAUACCAAAAGAAAACACUUCUGUAGUUUGGAAAGAAUUGUUACUCGCUACUAUUGGAGAGCAGUUUGCAGAUUACUGCGCCUCAGAUGAUGAGGUGGUUGGCGUCAGCGUUAGCGUCCGGGAUCGGGAAGAUGUUGUACAGGUGUGGAAUAGCGAUGCAUCUCUCGCUAAUGAAGCAAAUAUCUUGGGGAAAGUUUAUGAGCUGCUCCCGUACAUAUCUUUUAAAGCUGUUUUUUAUAAGUCUCACAUGGAGCAUCAUGCCUUUGAGGGAGGACGCUCAAGACAUUAGAUUCUACUGCCGCCCCACCCCCCUUUUUUUUUUUUUUUUUUUUUUUUU